GAGGGACGCGAUGCCGCCGCCGCCGCCGCCGCCGCCUCCUCGCCGGCCCGGGCUGCGCCGCCGGGGCUGAGCCGCCCUAGAACCGCGAACCGAGCGGCCGCUGGGCGCGCCAGCAGCGCAGGAGGAUGGGCUGCGGCGGGAGCCGGGCGGAUGCCAUCGAGCCCCGCUACUACGAGAGCUGGACUCGCGAGACGGAGUCCACAUGGCUCACUUACACCGACUCGGACGCGUCGCCCAGCAACGCCACCCCGGACAGCGGCCCCGAGGCGGGCGGCCUGCACGCAGGUGGGCUGGAAGAUGGCAUGUCCUCCAACAGUGUGCCCCGAUCGACAGCCCCAAGUGGAAUAUCCAACCCAGAGAAGAAGAUGAGCUGUGGGACCCAGUGCCCAAAUCCCCAGGGCCUCAGCUCAGGCCCCCUGACCCAGAAACAGAAUGGCCUCCGGACCACAGAGGCUAAAAGAGACACUAAGCGGACGUCUGGAAAAGAAGUCACCAUUAAUGUCGCAGACAGCAUCCGACAGGUGGACAGAAGUCGAAGAAUCACAAAGAACUGCGUCAACUAGCAGAGUGUUCAGCCAGUUGAAGGGCAGAGGGACUUCUUUGGUGCCCUUCACAUCCUGGACCCCAUCACGGAACCUUGAAGACGUGGGUAGCCCUUGCUGUGUGGGAACGCUGCUGAGUGCCUUGGGAGACUGUCUUAGCCUGUUGGGACGUUCUCAGCCUCCUAUUUAUCACGUAAAUGCAUUGGCAGAGUACUCCCAUAGGGUAAUAAACUGCAAAUGUAUGUUCAGUUUGCCCCUUGCAACUGCUGUAGUGUGGUCUGAUGGAAAAGUGGCGAGCAAAAGCACGGGCCAGUUUAGGAAACAGAAAAGUAGAAGGGGUAGGUUCCUGGCUGAAAGAGGCACAGUCAGUUCUGAGCUCUCCUGGCCAUGGUCGUGCGCACUGUUUCAGGCAAGCUUAUUCUUUCAUUCUUCCUUUUUGAAAUACCACCAUCUCAAAGCUUUCCGUGUUCACUUAAGCGUUGGCUUUCACCCAACUCUAAACCCACAGGUAUGAGGAAUCAAGAAACAGGAAAACUCUCUGUUACCCUUGUUUCCUUAGCUCAGGAUGAGGUGGAUUCAGAUCCAAUUUUACACAAACUAACCCCACCAACACCCAUGGUAUGUCCCAGGGAGGGCCUCUGUGAUACAGUCACACCCAUUUCUCUCUCAUCUGCUUUCUGCAUCCCUCCGGGCCAGGGUCCACGUCAGCCUCUGAACCAUAGUAUCACGGUAGUGGUCACUUCGGAGCCCUCAGGGUUCAGCAGACAUUGCAUUUUUCCAGCUUUCCACUUCCCUUUGCUUGUGUUCUUGAGUGUUUUUUCUCUCCAAUAAGGCCAUUUGCAGUUGUUAAUCAAAGACCAGGCUCACAAGAGGGAGAAAAUCUGGAACAUGUUGGCUUCCCUUUGGCCACUCUGCACAGCCCAGGACUGUGUCAUUUGGUAUCUGCAAAGGAAUUGCUUUAAAAAGUCAGUAACUAGUUGGUGUGCGUUCACAUGGACAUUGGAUCCACAUGCACUGUGUUAGAAAUCUGUAGCUGAGGCAGUAAAAAAAACAAAAUUGGUAGGAAUAAAAUUUUCUAGCAUUUCUUUAAACAUGUUAAGGUGGAAAUAUUUUCCUCCGAAGUAAUGGAGCGUGAUUUUUAAAGGACUGUCAACAUGCCUGGAAUUAGGAAAGGUAGGACUAAAGUUGUACCGAAUGAUACCAAUAAACUCCAUGUUUAGCAGAAAUAGGUAGUCUGAUGGUGUGUAUUUAUCUAUCAUAGUCCGGAGAAGGUUAAAAAUUCAGAUACUUGGCCUCUUUACCUGCCAACUCUGUUAUUCCUCAAACACAAGUGGGCAAUGUCCGUCCCUUCCUUCCUUCCUUCCUUCCUUCCUUCCUUCCUUCCAUGGAUUGUAUAUUUAUUCAGUAAACAUUAAAUGUCAACCCUGUGUCAGGCACCGUGCAGAUGCUGAGAGAUCUGGAGUCUGGCCAGUCACGGUUGUAUAUCCUGAAUUUGACAGUGAACUUAAUAACUAGGGGCCUGGCUUAGACGCUGGGGUAUAGUGUAUGGUGUGAAUUGCUCUGCAGUGUAAUCUUAAUUUUAUAGCCAGCAUAGGUUUCUGUCCUAAACUCCAGAUAUGGGCAUUCUCCUAAUCACUGUCCAGGCCUUUACUGUGCACAAAACUACACUGUCCCAAACCUUUGUCAUUUUGUGAUUCUUUGAGAAAGGGCUUUUAGGGAACUUCAUGUUCCGAAACUUUUAAAUAUAAUAAUAAAGCAAAACCUGUGACUUCCAUGACCCCUGUGGUAUGAUUCAGCAGGAGCCACCCACUGCCAAAGUUUGGCAUUGAUCCUGCAAGUUCAAGGGCUUGCUGUCCCAGGGCACCUGCACUGUGUUUUUGUGCAGUGUUUCUUCACCAGUCACUAGCUAACCUCGUUCCUCUUUGCAACUUUGUUUUUGCAUCACUUAACUGCAGCUCCUUGUUUGGAAUUUAUCAACUUGAGAGGGUGCCUCUGUCUUACAUAGAAACAGUUUCUCACUUCUGGAGGAGAGGAGAAUGAAGGGCAUACAUGAUCUUCCCCUCUCCAGAACAAUCUGGAUUUCACCAAGACCAGAAGUUAAACCAUGUUACUGGAAAUUCAUCUGGCAACUUCUUCAUGUGUGUAUGAUACAGGAACUGAUUCUUACCGUCCUAUUAGCAUAACACUUUCUAUUGCAAAGUUUGUGUCAGUAAAGUCAUCCAUUUCAAACA